AUCAAAAUGGCGCGCGAAUUAAAGCAAAUCAGAAUUAACGAAAUUUAAAGCAGAAUGGAGUGAUGUAAAAAAAAUUAGUCAAAUCAGGGAGAAAAUGAAGAAGCAAGGGAAUGAAGGAAGGAAAGUGUUGAAACCAAGUCCCAAUGAAGAGGCGAAUAUACUCCAAGAUGAGAAAGUCAAAAGGAAGAAGCAACGCUUAAAACAGAUCAGAGAACAAGAGAAAGCAUUUUCUCGUAAAGUGCUAAAGGAUGCCAGAAAAAGAAAAAAUAUUGGGCUGAAAGAACUGACCUCUCAUCUGAAGGACCAAUGGGAGAUUGCACAAGAAAAGCGGAAAUCAGAUUUGGAGAAAAAAUAUCAAGAAAAUGUGGCAGAGUUUGGAUUGGGACACAGGACUGCUUCUGAGGAUCAAACAAACUAUUCUAAACCAGAUAUGACUGUGGAGGAAAGACAGAGGGCAUCAGAAAGAUACAAGAAAGCACUAGAACAGCUCAUGUAUGAAAGGGACAAGAUGACUCAGCCAGAGAGAGAACGCUUGGAAGGGAGGAAGCUAGCCUUGGAGAUUGAACGUCAGCGAGCAGCAAGGAUUGCAUCUUUACCUCCAGUAGUUGAUCCCAUUAAGGACUUAAGUCAGGAGAAAGACCUACCACAUUCUAACAAGAAGAAACUUGACAACUACGGUACAUCACGGUUUCACUUGAAACCUGCUGUUCUUGUGGAACGAGAUCUGGAUCUAAGUCAGGAAGAUGCUAGAGAAGCUGCAAAAGAUGAAGAAGAAAGAAUUCAAACAAUCAUAGAGGAGGUUCAACGAGGUAAAGCUGAACAAAAUGAGAAGGCCAGACUAAGACACAAACAUGCUUUGGCUCAGCUACAGUUGGAAGAAGACCAUGAAAGGUUGAUGAAAGAACUGGAGAGUUUGGAGAGACAUGAUCGCCAGCGAAGGCAAGAAGCUGUGGCUCGGAUCCCUGUGCGCAUAUUUCAACCUCCACAUAAAAGGUUGGAGGAUGCAGAGGAUCGCCAAAGAGACUUGGAGCAAGCAUUUGAAGACAUGUACAUGAUGCACACAGGUUACACAGGUGAUCUGACUGUUGCACUGGAACCUCCUGAGCAUCUAAGACCCUCAUCAGUAGAUAGCCUUCUAUCUGAGAGUGAUCAAGGAUCUGCUGAACCAGUAGGAGCCAAAAAGCCAACACAACCCCCUGAUGCAGUUGUUCCUGAUGAGAGCUCAGGAGGAGCAGAACAUGGUGGUGAGCCUGAAGCUGGGCCUAAAAUUGCACCCCCAGGUUAUGGUGCCCCAAAGGGGCCUUCUGAAGGUGUACCCCCUACAGAUCCAUUGGGACGACUUUUAAAAAGGAUUGAGAGGCAGCGUGACCAGUGGAAGGAAAGGCAGCUUCCAGAAGGAAGGCAACCUCCUGGUGCCGGAGAAACAGGAAUUCCUCAUUCAGUUACCUCAACAAUGCUGCCCCAAAGAACCCAGGAAUUCAGGAUCCCAGACACCAUACCAUUUCCUGCUGCCCCAGAACAAAUCGCCGAAGCUGAAUUUUCAGGAGGAGAGGAAGAGGAAGCAGAACCUGGAAGGACUGAUGCAACUGAAAUGGAAACACGGCAGCCAAUGCCAGGGAUGGAGCAUGAAAUAGACAGAGUCAACCCACCAGCAAGUGGUGCACGGACAUUGCUCCAUCCAUUGGAAGCUGCACAACGAUCUCGCACCACCACCCCUAUGCCAACAGCACAACUCAGCCAACAAGAAGCUCUUCUAGAGCAACAGAAACUCAAACUACAACUGCAACAGCAAAAUCUUCUUCAGCAGCAACUAGAGCAACAACUGCAAGCCUACCAGAGGCAACUUGCUGAUAUUUAUGGACAUGUGGAUAUGCCCGAAGGUCUAUCAGUGCCUGAAGGUCUAUCAGUGCCUGAAGGUCUAUCAGUACCUGAAGGUCUAUCAGUGCCUGAAGGUCUAUCAGUGCCUGAUCAAAGGCUCUCUCCAGAAGUACCAUUCACUCAUAGCCCCCCUUAUGACAAUGACCCAUUUCUGACAAACAGUGGAGCAGUGGACACAGGAGGCAGGUCAUUCCAUGUCCAAACCCCACACAAUUCAGUACCUCAAACAGAAGAGCCCAAAAGUCCUUCAACAGAUGGCUCUCCAUUGCUUUCUGAUGCCCUCGAGUCCUCAACACUAGAGAGUAUCACCUCAGAUGAAUCUGGAAUGUCCUCAGAUUUCCAAAGAACAUUACAAGCAGCACGCUUAACAGCGGAAAAGGCUGCCCAGUUUCGGACGACAGAAAGGGAGAUUUUACAGGAGCAUGACAAGGCACAAUUGGAUGACUUCCCCUCCGAUAGAGGUCAAAUGUAUUUAAGAAAGGACACAAUGUCUGGUAGAGCAUCAAGCCUUCAAUCUGAGGAGCUUGUUAAUGUUUCAACUCCGUCAACUCUUUCACUUAGUGUGACGUUAUCUUCUGAUCUAAGUGUGACAGCUGCUGUGUCACAGACCUCCCACUCUGGUCAACCCUUUCUUGACACAAGGCGUGUAUUUCCACCCACCUCCCAAGGUUGGUCACAAUACUCUGAUGUCAAGGACGCUACAAGCAUUGCUGCUGCCACAUCAUUGCUCAGUAAUGUAAAGGCCUCACAAGGCAUAGGUUUUUCUCAGCCAUCAUCAGCAAAUGUACAGCAAUUUUCUGUGUUGUCUUCAAGAACUGAGCCAUCCAGUCACUUUUCAAGGGCUGUGACACCACCAGUUUUGAGCAGUGGGCUAGCAAAAAAUUUCCCUGACACAAUUUCUGCUUUCCAACCAAUCACUCGUUCUGGUUAUUCUCCAGGGUAUUUAGACUUCUACCAGCAAAAGAUGGAAGAAGAACGACAGCUCUUCGAAGCUCAAAGAACUCGUGUUCAGCGUCACAGUGACUUGUAUAAGAAAAGGACCCCAGGUGGUUUAGGUACUGAAAUGUACCAGGCCAAAGGAAGUGCGAGCAACAGUGUGCCUUUUAUAGGGCCCCUCCCAAAAACAAGCCCUUCACUAUGGGAACAGCCUGUCAGGGCUCAUACCAACUUGGGUAGGAACAUAGAGGACACAAACAAAGAGAAUUUGGGUUUUGUAGCAAAUUCUACAGCAUUUCAGGGACAGGACAGACUACAUGCUAUUUCACAAAGGCUUGGUGCCUUUGAAAAAUCACUGACUACUGCACCUAAUUCUACAGUUGUUACCUCAUCCAGUUACACCCAGAAGCCUUUGUUCACAAGCGGAGACUGGAGUCAUGGCUCCAGCACGGAGUAUUUGUCCCUUCCACAUGAAUCUGAAGGUCCAAAUGCUCGAGGCAGCAUAGGCUCGACAUUUUCCACCUUGUCUGAGCUCACAGAAAUGAUGACACGCUUGACAUCCACAAGUGAUGAAGCUGAGAGCACAUCAUCCAAGGCUCAGGGAGCAUCAGGUGCCCUAGAGGUACAUUCUUUUGGUACCCAUGGGAGACGAAUUGGCCAAGUCCCAGAAAGAACUUCAAUAAAGGGACCUGACUCAUCAGUUGGCCUGACAUCUUUCACUCCCUUAGAAAGGAACGUUAAUUUAAGGGGCUUAUCUGGGGAAGGGCCUUUAGCUUCAAGCGCUGUAAGCAAUUUAGGAGCAAAAGGGCCUUUGAAUGCAGCACUUACUCAUGUUGCUUCUGAGAAAAGCACAUCAUCAUCAGGUACCGUGGAACACUCGCUGAGUUCACAAGGGUCACACCUGACCAGGGGCUCAGACGGGAAACAAUGGUUUGUACUUUCUCGAUCACAUACUAUGUCAUCUGGAGGUGGAAUGUUAGAGAAGGGUGGUGGCAUCCCAGAGGAGGGUGGUGCUGAUAAUGUGUUCUCUGACGCUAAUGAAGGAAAAAGUCACUUAUUAGGCAGAACAGAGACUGGGUCAGAGGCAUCAAUUUCCUCAGGAAGUCUGUCCUCUGCCACGCUGCAUUCUGGUACCACUGAGGAACUUAAUGAAACAUCACCCACAAACAGCGAGCCACAGGGACAAACACAUUCAAUGGUAUUUUCUUCCUCCCCUGAGACUCAUGGUGAAUCCUCUCCAUAAUCUGGUCACACUUAGGAACCAAAAGACAUCUCAGGUGUUGGUCAAACGUUCAAAAUAUUUUUGGGAAAUUAUGGAAAUGGAAUGGGGAAGGCUUUGACAAAGAUCAUCAAAAUAAACUAAUUUUAAAAAAAUGGUCUCGUUAUGUUUUCUGUACCCACAAAGCAUUUGUAGAGUAACUCAUUCUAUACAGUGCUAUCAGCUUGGAUUUUUUUUAAAAUAAUGGAUUGUGCUUGAAAAGAAAUCUUGGAGCUCUCCUC